AAAGCAUACAAGCCGUUGUUGUUUCGUUUAUGUUGCGUUUGGACAUUCGGAGCUUCUGCAGUUCGGGAGCGCGACAAAGAAGAAGAAGGCCCAACCAAACACUCAAUACACAGAGAGAAAUGGAAGCCACCGAAUACGAACUCGAUCAGCGUCUUCGUUUCUAGAGCGAUUUUUAAUUCGAAUUAAUCGAAACAGAGUUAUGAACUGCUUAUUUGAAUCGGUCGAACGAGUAGAGGCAGAGCUUCUUAUCGAUUCUCGAUUUGUUUAAUUGCUUUUUCGUUUAAGUGCUUUUUGAUUACGCUGGUUAGUAGCUGAGAGAGAGAGCGAGCGGGUUAGUGUUUAGUGAUGGAAUUGUUUUCGACCGGUCCACCGAUUAAACGAAGAGCUGGAUUGCGGAUUAAACAGGCGGGUCGGGCUUCGUAUCGGGGCAGCUAGAUAAGGUGUUUGUUUGUUUUUGCGUGCUUUUUCUAGAAGUGAUUGAUUGAUUUUGUUACUAGUUGUUGUAUUUGAGAGACUUUUGAGGAAGUUGAGAAGAUAAUGGGGACUACUGCUCUGAGGCAGUUGCUGAAUAACCUCUGCAGCAAUUCGCCUUGGAAUUAUGCGGUGUUUUGGAAGCUCAAGCACCAGAGUGAAUUGAUUUUGUUGUGGGAGGAUGGGUACUGUCAUCACCCAAAGCCAAGAGAAGCUGUGGAACAUGCAUCGGAUGAUAUUUAUUUCAGCAACGCAAAUCAGAUGCUUUUUAAAGGUUUUGCAACAAGUAUACAUGAUGGUGGAUCUACAGGAUAUCCAAUUGGACUAGCAGUGGCUGACAUGUCAUAUCUUCAGCACACAUUUGGAAAAGGGGUUGUUGGUGAGGUGGCAUGUACAGGAAACUAUAGCUGGGUAUUCCUUGACAAUCUGUGCACCAGAGAGUCUGGCUCUAAGUUAGUUCCUGAGUGUCCAGAUGAAUGGAUUCUUCAGUUUUCAUCGGGUAUCAAGACAAUUUUACUUGUACCUGUGCUUCCAUAUGGAGUUUUGCAACUUGGCUCAUUGGAGACGGUUGCUGAAGAUCCAACAGUGGUUGCUUUUGUGAAAGAUAGAUUCAAUGACAUUCACAAUGGUGUGGGGAAAACUGUACCUUACCGUCAAGCUCAAUCGUCAUGGUCACAAUCAUCAAAUUUAAUGGAGACCACAUUUGAGCCAUCAGGUGUUACCAUUAACCCACUGAAAGUUGAAAAGUCAGAAGAUGUUGAUAACAUCAGAUAUAAUAACCUAUUGUCGACAUUGGGGCACUUUUUGCCAACUGCUGAAGAUUCACUUCUAGAGACCGGAACAGAUCAGCCAGAAGUUCUAAAGAGUAGAGACGAAAGUGUGACUGGUGUUCCACCAAUUUAUCACAGUGGAGAAUCAAGUCCACUCAGUCAGUCGAUAGAUACCAGCUUGCUGGGUAUGAUGGAAAGUCAGAUGUUUGGGUUGUCUUGUCUGGAGGAAGAACUCCUAGCCUAUUCUCAAUUUGGUGGUUACAAUUUGGAAGUGUUUGGAGAAUCCAUGAGCGAUUUCACUUCUUACCCUGUUGGAGGUGUAGCUGAACUGUUCGAAGACGUUAAUGCUAAAGAUACAAAUUACAACAUGGUGAAUAAUUUCUUUAGCUUUCCUGAAAAUUGUGAACUACACAAAGCACUUGGAACACUUCCGCAGAGGCAGACUGACGAAAAUUUAUGGGAUCCAUCCAUUGGCAUUGAUGAUACGUGUAGCAGCUCUAGUUUGCAGAAAGAUCUUGCUAGCCGUAUUGAGCCAUCAUGGUUUUCCAAAGGAAGUGAUGCUGAGAACCUCGUGAAAGCGUUUGCAGCCAAAGAUGAAACCUCAUCCAGCCAAUCAGACAAUAUUAAAUCAUCUAUCACCUCAUCAAGUCAAUUUCCUGCUUCUUUUAAACAAUUGAAAUUUGAAGCGUGUGCCCCAAUAGGAAGUGGUUCGGUGACAUGGAACCAGUCAUCUGCUUUACUUGCCAGGGGUGCUACUCCAGCUUCUUUCACAGACAUGAUGAGCACUUUGGUUGACGAAGAGCAGCAGGGCAAAGGGUACAAAUCUGUGAAGCCUAAAAGGGAACAAAAGUUAUCCGGUGGCACUGCAAGGAAGACCAAGAUUGGCAAUAGCCCGAAGCUAAGACCAAGAGAUAGACAACUGAUUCAAGAUCGUGUCAAGGAGCUGCGGGAACUUGUCCCAAAUGGUGCCAAGUGCAGCAUUGAUGGCCUUUUAGACCGAACCAUAAAACACAUGCAGUUUUUAAGAAACAUGACUGAUCAAGCUGAAAAACUGAAGUGCUACACACAGCAAGAGGCACCUCGUUCCAAUAACAUGAGCGAAGCCACAAGUGGCUGUGAAAAUGGGACAAGCAGGGCUUUUGAAGUUGGAAGCGAACACCAGAUUUGCCCCAUUGUGGUAGAAGAUCUUGAACACUCGGGACACAUUCUCAUAGAGAUGCUAUGUGAUGAACAUGGACUUUUCUUAGACAUAGCCCAAGCUAUCCGACGGUUGGAACUGACUAUCUUGAAGGGUGUCAUGGAAACUCGCUCAAGCAACAUGUGGGCACACUUUGUUGUUGAGGCUCCAUUGAGUUUUCACAGAAUGGAUGUGUUUUGGCCGCUGCUGCAUCUUCUGCAACGCAGAAGAAGUUCAAUAUCAAGCAGGAUAUGAUGCGCCUCCAUUUGCAUCCAAGAAAAGCGGGUAAGCCGUCAAAUAUUGUGCUUCGAAACCACAUGACGACGACGAGACCUAGGAGACAUCACCAUCAAUCCUCAUCAGAAGACUGUAAAUUAUCAAAUGGGUUGCAGAAGAUUUCUAUGCAAUUUGAUGAAAACCAGCAUCUUAAAAACUAGAAAGAAUGGAACACAUGCCCGUACGGCUCCGCGAAUGCGCGCAUAGAAAUAAUGUACACAUGAUACAAGCCUAAGUAUGCACCUAAUAACACAGGCUAGUUGAAGUUGGUCA